UGCGAUGAGAUUCUAAUGCUCCUUCCGCAUUUCUUUAUAGGGGAUUGUCAUAAUCCCAAAGGUCAGCAAGGCAUGUGCGUAGUUGGAGCAAUCAACAAUUAUACUGAACAACUUCGAGGCUACGGUGACUCUUCAAAUACAUAUAAUUUGACUGAGAGUCUAAUGUUCCUUGCACAUUUCGUGGGAGAUAUACACCAACCUUUGCACUGUGGUUUUGAGGCUGAUCAAGGUGGAAACACAAUAAUUAUCCAUUGGUACCGAAGGAAAACUAAUCUUCAUCAUUUAUGGGAUACCAACAUGAUCGACACUGCAAUGAAGGACUUUUACAAUAAGGAUUUGGAUACAAUGGUAAAAGGAAUACAAAUGAAUAUCACAGAUGACUGGUCAGAUCAGAUUGAUAAUUGGGAAAUUUGCCACAAUAAAUACAAAACAUGUGCAAAUGAUUAUGCUGUGGAGAGCACACAUUUAGCUUGUAACUAUGCAUACAAGGAUGUGGAGCAAAAUGUAACGUUAGGAGACAAUUAUUUCUACUCUCGACUCCCUGUUAUGGAGAAAAGAAUAGCACAAGCUGGGGUGAGAUUAGCUCUGAUACUCAACCGAAUCUUCGAUGAGCCUGCAAAAGAAAAUAUCAAGAGUUAUUAGAAAUAUUGAAUAACUGAGGAGAUUGUUAUUUGUAUAAAAUAAUGUUCAUUGGAGGAAUAAGCAUGUGCAUAAGUUUCCUUGCUAAAUGUAACUCUUAAAUAAAUAUGGAGAUCGUUAUUUAUUGAUUCUGAAUUUGUGUUGAA